UCGAUACAAAUUAAGAACAAAUCCACGAUGCAAUCUAAGAACUUAAGAAACAGAAUAAGCUAUUGUAAAUCAAAUCACUAAAUUUAACAUCAAUUAAAAGGCUAAUAAUUCUGACCGCAAGCUUAACUUCCAGCCGCUUUGAAUCAUAACGAAGGAACGCUCAUUUUAAGGCCACAGCAUGGCAAAUUUGUGGAGAAAGUAUAUCCUGUGGUUCGCCCAGGAGCACGUUGACUUUCGAAUUUCAGAGUUCGAGUCCAUCGUUAAGAUGUUUGGCCUUCAGUUUCGACGGCUUACCGAACAGACCUUGAAACCCUUCUGGCUGGUGGAAUUCCCAAAUGAGGAGACUGCAAUGAAGUAUGCAUCCCGAUCCAUCGCCCUACGCGCCAUGUUCGAGCUGUACGCCCACUCUAGAAAGCUUCCCGAGUUCCACGAGCGCCUCCGUUCUCACGUUGAUACAAACCAGAGCGAGCUGGCAGAGUACUUCCGUCCGGACACCAGCUUCAAGAUCACCGUGGAGACCUACAACAAACACUUUAGUCAACGGGAGAAGAUCGAUAAGAUCGAGACAAUGGAUUACCUGCCAAUCGAGGGCUCGGUCGACCUAAAAAAUCCUCAGGUGGAGUGGUGGUACAUCGAGUUCUGGGGCUUGGAUCCCACUGCAGUCCCGGAGCAGCCCGAUGACAUUUUGUUUGGUCGCCUCCUGGCAACCGGACAGCGACAUUUAAUAAAGGAGCUCUCCCUGAAGCAGCGAAAGUUCAUCGGAAACACGAGCAUGGAUGCACAGCUAAGUCUGCUAAUGGCAAACCAAGCGAUGGUGCGAGAAGGUGAUCUCGUGUUUGAUCCCUUCGUAGGAACAGGAUCUCUGCUAGUCAGCGCCGCCAAGUGGGGCGGUUACGUCCUGGGAGCCGAUAUCGACUACAUGAUGGUGCAUGCUCGCUGCCGUCCCAGCCGCAUUACCCAGAAGGUCCGUGAGAAGGACGAAAGCAUUCGUGCAAACCUCCUACAGUACGGAUGCGCUGACCGCUACAUGGACGUGGUUGUGGCAGACUUCUCCAAUCCCUUGUGGCAUUCUCGGAUCUCGUUCGACAGCAUCAUUACCGAUCCUCCAUACGGAAUACGAGAGGCAACGGAAAAGGUGGAAACGAAAAGGAGUCCUAAGGAUAUCGCCCGAACAGACGAAAUGGUCCACUAUCCCUCCACGUCACACUAUUCGCUGCAGAGUCUCUAUGGUGACCUGCUGGAGUUUGCUGCCAGACAUUUAAAAUUGGGAGGGCGUCUUGUCUGCUGGCUUCCGUUUCAUCGAGAGGAUUACGACCCAAAGAUGCUGCCGCGGCACCAGAAUCUGCAAUUGGUGGCAAACUCAGAGCAGCCUUUGACAGGCAACACGUCCCGCCGGCUGCUCACAUACGAAAAGGGCUCAGAGUACAGCACGCAGAAUCUGGCGACAACUGGAUCAAUCCAAGUGCCCACACCUUCGGAAGACUUCCGGGAACGCUACUUCAAUAGCGCCCUGGAAUCGAGGAAGGAGCGUCGUAUGCGGAAGGCAGAGCAGCGGCAGCAAGGUCUUCUGGAGAUGGAACUGCGUGGAAAACUACCUAUAGACGGCCGAUCUCAGAAGUGCGAGUUAAACAAGGCGCGAUUCACAGGCUUGGCAUGACUAAUAAAUUUAUCUAAAACUUA